UAAUGUUACUGAUCUAGAAAUUAUGAUAAUGAAAAUUAAAGCAAUCCAAAGUGAGAAAGAUUAUCUAUUAAUGCUUCUUGCAGAAUACAUUGACAAUAUUGUAAUAGACCAAAAUGCUCAUGCAAUCAAGUUAUAUAAAGAUUCUCUUUGGUCUCUGAUUGCAAACCUGUCAUUCGCCUUUGAUUAUUCAAAUUCUACAACAUAUCAUCUAUUCGAAAAUGCACCAGAAAUUAUUGAAGAGGGUAUUAAAAAUAUUCUUUCUUUCUAUGAGACUGGAAAAUUGCACUUUCAAGAGGUGCUUGAAGAAGAUGUAUACAAAACUAAGCUUCAAACUUCUUAA